AUAUAUAUUCAUGCUUGGUGAAUGAAACUUUGGGUCAUAAAAGAUGGCAAUUUGUGAGAAGGGAGAAGAAGAAGUUAAGAUGGAUACAUUGCCUCUCUUAACACCUUACAAAAUGGGCAAUUUUUUCCUCUCUCAUAGAGUGGUAUUGGCACCAGUAACCAGAGAGAGAUCCUAUGGCAAUGUCCCACAGCCUCAUGCAAUCUUAUAUUAUUCCCAAAGAACCUCUAAAGGAGGAUUCCUCAUCACUGAAGCCACUGGAGUCUCCGACACAGCUCAAGGGUACGCACAUACACCUGGUAUUUGGACAGAGGAGCAGGUUGAGGCUUGGAAACCCAUUGUGGAUGCUGUUCAUGACAAGGGUGGUGUCUUCUUUUGCCAAAUUUGGCAUGUAGGGAGAGUUUCUCAUUACGAUUAUCAGCCUAAUGGGCAAGCUCCAAUCUCUUCUAGCAACAAGGCAUUAACCCCACAGCUAAAAUCAAACGAAUUGGAUGUGGCUGAGUUCUCGCCUCCCCGACCAUUGGCCACUGACGAAAUCCCUAUCAUUGUAAAUGAUUUCAGGCUUGCAGCAAGAAACGCCAUAGAGGCAGGCUUCGAUGGAGUUGAGCUCCAUGGGGCCCACGGCUACCUUCUUGAUCAAUUCAUGAAAUAUAGUGUAAAUGAUAGGACCGAACACUAUGGCGGAACAUUAGAGAACCGUUGCCGCUUUCCAUUAGAGGUAGUGGAUGCAGUAACAAAAGAGAUUGGACCCGAUAAAGUUGGGAAUAAGGCUAUCACCUUUGGAGCUCAUGCAGAAGCCGAAGACUGUGAUCCUGAGGCCCUUGGCCUCUACAUGGCUGAAGCUUUGAAUAAAUACAGCAUUCUCUAUGCCCACUAUGUAGAGCCAAGAAUCGUGAAAUCUGAGGGUCAAGCUGAGACCAACCAUAGCCUUCUACCAAUGAGGACAGCUUUUAAGGGGAACUUUAUUUCAACAGGGGGGCACACUAAAGAAACUGGGAACAAGGCCAUUGUGGAGGGAUCUGCUGAUCUCAUUGCUUAUGGGCGCCAAUUCAUGGCUAAUCCGGACCUACCUAAGAGAUUCGAACUGAAUGCUCCAUUGAAUAAAUAUAACAGAGGGACUUUCUAUACCCCUGAUCCGGUCAUUAGCUACACUGACUACCCCUUUCUGUAAUCACCUUCUCUAGUACAUUUUGAGAAGGUCUUUUUUCCAUAUCACUACCAAGAAGAUGAAAGAGGUCUUGAAACUUGACCAGAGAAUUAUUUUCUUUUCCAUCUUUUCCUUGAACGGGAUGUAGAUUAAAUUGGUUGCAAUCUAGUAGUCACCUCUGACUAAGUUGGUCUUACCAAAUCUUCGGGGGUUCAGUGGCAAAUGAUGCACAAAAGUUCUGUUUGUAUGAAAUCAACUCUGGAUUUUGAUGUCGUGUCAAA